AGCACAUUCAUUAACUUCUAACUUCCUCUUCUCUUCCUUUUCUUUUCUUUCUCUUUAAGCUUGUAGCUCACCUUCUCUUCACACUCUCUGGUUCAGAGCUUCUUUCAGUCACUCUUUUUUCACUGUGAAUUGACUUCACAGCCCACUUUCUUUUACUACAACUCACAAGCUUCUCACUUUUCACAUUUUCAACCUUACGACAUUGACUGUCUGGAAUCAUCACAAUGUACACACUCAACACUCUUUCUCUUGCCGUGGUCGCUUCUCUGGCUGCUCUGGGCAGCGCAGAGAUGCAUGGCCUGCACGCCCGCCACCUGAACCACGCCCGUGGUAUCAACGGCACUACUCCCUCUGGCUCGCUCCCCACCACCUACGAGACUGUUUACCCUACUCCCGCUCAGACUCCUCAAACUCCUUCUGGCAAGCCCGCCUACACCCCCUCUGGCAGCUUCUCCUACUCCAUGACCAGCUCCGUGCCUGUUCCCCUUGGCACCGGCUCCGUUGGCUCCAGCAUUGUGGCCUCCGCCUCUGCUUCCCAGUCUGGAUCUGAGGCUCUUACUACUGAUAUCAGCACCACUGAUAUCACUCUCACCUACACUCUCGGGUCUGGAACCUCGACCAGCGUUGUUACCACCACCAUUGAGAAGACUAUUACUGAUGUCCACACCGUCUACCCCACUGCGGCCUACACUGCCCCCAUUGAGAAGGGACACGGCCAGAAGCCCGAAGAGACCACCGUCGUUUACGGAACCCGGACCAAGACUCUCACCGUUGUCGAGGCCCCCACCGACAUUGUCACCGCCGGCAAGGGCGAAUGCCACCAGGCCACCGUGACUGUCACCGCCACCGAGACCGUGACCGUUACUCCCACUCCCAGCUCUGCUCCUGAGGAGUCCCACCACAGCGAGGGCGCCCAGCCCACCACCGCUGUCGAGUCCGAGACCAGCGCCGCCGCCCCUAGCGCAACCCUGACCACCAGCCGUCCCCCUUACGGCAACGGAACUGCCCCAUACCCUUUCACCAGCAUGACUCCCACUCCCUCCGGCUUCGCCACUAGCUCCAUCCCCAUCCCCUCCGGCUCGGCCAGCAUCAAGCCUUUCCCCAGCGGCCCGGCUCCCAGCGGCCCUGCCUCUCCCUCCGGUACCCCCGGCAGCUUCCCCCACGGAUUCCGCCGUCGCUACAUCUAAGCGAUUGUUUAAAUCCGUUCGAGGGACAUGAUGAGCUAGUCGAUGAUCGUGAGAGUUAGACUUUCGAUUUGGUUGUUCUGUAUUUUUUGACUUAUUCGUGCAUCUGCAUGCUGGGAUUGUACCUAUUUCAUUCUUUCUGGUUAGGGGGGUCUUGGCCGCAGAUCUGCUUCUAUUUUCCACAUGCGUGGAUCUUUUUUUGAUUAAUUUCUUCCAUGGGAUUUCUUCCGAUGAUGUCACUUCGUCUCUAUUUUCUUUCCUCUUU